AUGGUUUAUUCUUUUGGUUAAGUAAAAGGAUCAAAUCCUGCACUGAGAACAUUUGCACCUGCUCCCAAUGCAUAUCAUCCAAAAUUUGUGUUCAAAUAAUAGGCUCUUCAAUGGACAUAAGCGGAAUUUAUUUUAGAAGUAUUGGUGAUGCAGCAUAAAGGAUAUGACUCAAAGAUAGAAGGACCCAAAUAUACUAUGAGUGGAAAACAUGAUCUUAAAUUAGUUUCCUUAUCUCCAGGUCCUGGAAAUUAUGAUGAUGAAAGUUUCAGUUCUGUUUACAAAAAGCAACUAAUUUAUACAUUAGUUGGUCUAAAAUAUCAUACAUCAUAACAAGAUAUAGUACCUGGUCCAGGACAAUGUGAUUUAAAGUUUUCUUAUAUCUCUAACAGUCCAACUUAGCCAAGAUUGACAUCGUUGAAAGGUGGAAUGACACCUAGAUCUGGAUGGAAGAUUAAAGAAUAUAUUUAAAAAACAUUAUGUAAAUAUUUAUAAAUUGUAUUGUAUUAGAGAAAUCAUAACCUUCAUGAAUAAUAGUGACAUCAUAGAGAUUUUCUGAAAUGAGGAAGUAACACUUAUUAUAAUCAGAACCUGAAGCUUAUCAUUUAAUAUGCUUGUUCAAUUUAUCCAAAUUUUUUACUAUCAAAAAGAAGUUAAAGCUCUAAUUAAAUUGAUCCUGGACAAUAUGAUUAGGAUAUUUCAACAAUAAAAUCUAACUAUUUAUCUUACAAAACUGGUUCUGAAAUAAGAAAUAUAUAUAAUUAAAUUGAUAAAUUGAUUCCUGGCCCCUGAAUAAUAUUACAAGAGUAACAUUAUUAAUUAAAUAAUCUUUAGAGGACUGGCUAAGUUAAGUUCAUUAUAGAGGUCAGCUUUAACUUUUUAAAUUCCAUAUAAAUUAAGAAAUGAUCUAAAUGAUUCUAUAGCCAUAACUCCUGGACCUGAUACAUAGAUGGUCUCAAUUAAGGGAUCUAAGUAUAAUCCCAAUAUUUCUGCAUACAUUUUAGGGCCUGGAUAAUAUAACCCAGAUGAUUCAGUUAUUAAACCAAAAGAUGGUUUUGUUAAAAUUGUGCCAGAACGUAGAACUGUUAACAUCUGGAUAAUAUUCGAUUAAAUCAUAUCUCAAAGGCCCUUAAUGGGGAUUCUCAAAAGACAUUCGUUUAGGCUUAAUCAAAAAAGAACUAAUUCCUCGUUAUGGAGCUUACAAAUAUUCCUCAUAAAUAUUAUGA